AUGUCUGAUCAACUUCCCAAAAAACGCGGCAAACGUGGUCGUCCUCCAAAACUCCCAGAAAAGAAACUAAAAUCAGAGUCGGAGUCUAAAGAUAGCCAGGCUCUUCCAAAUCUUUCAAUAAAACAAGAAAAAAUUUCUGAUAAGCCAAAGCAUCAGAGUGAGCUAUCCUGUUAUCAUUUGAAUUAUAUAAAAUGAAUAAUAAACUCACUAUAAUAUCAGUAUAAAAUUAUAAUUUUCCUAUCCAAUUUUAAGAUAAAAGCCAAUAAUUUAUGGAAUAAUUGACAUAUACAAUAACAUCCGUGCCGCUUUUAUAAACAGCGGCGUUUCCCAGCAAAGUCAAUUAUUAAUUCGAAGAAUCGCGAGCAACUUGUCAUCGACUGGGGAAUUCAGUUCUCAGCCAUUGCUCAGAAUUUUAAAUGAAGUGCUACAAGAACUAACUUUAAAUGAGCUUGAAGUCGUUUCUUGGGCUAUUGUGCUUGAUCGAUACAACUGAAGGGAAAAUUCCUUGCCAGUUCAAAAUCUGUUAUUAAAUAUCGCCUUUGCAAUAAAAACGCAAUUAAAUGAAGAUACUGGUCCAUAUAAAGCCUACUUACUCCCCCCCUCCGUGAGUGAACAAAAAAUUUUGUUCACUCACGGAGGGGGGUUAAUUUUUUUUUUUUUUAAAAAAAAUUUAUAUAUAUAAUUUUUAUAAAAAAUAUUGUUUUUCGAAAUUUAAAAAAAUCCUAAUUCGCAAAAAUUGGGAAGCAAAUAUUAUUUAAUUUAUAAAAUUUAUGUUUUAAAAAGUAAUUCGUUUAAAAUUACACAGAAUUAGCUCUAGAUUUCAUUAUACUAAUUAUCAUUUAUAUAUCAAAUUUUUUUUUCCAUAAAAAAAUUUUUGUUCACUCACGGAGGGUGGGUUUUUGGGCAAAAAAUAGCGAUUUUUCUAAUGGUUUUGUUCACUCACGGAGGGGGGGGAGUUAGCUACAAAAUCUUCAAGCUAUAUGGAUGAAUUUAACUCCUGGGUGGAAUCAAUAAAACCAUUGAUGAAUAUUAAUGCCAAAGAUAUUAAUAACAAGUUCAAAGAGUUAAGCAAACUAGUAGGUGUCCCAGGAGACGAAAAAAUCCAUGACUAUAACUAUUACGUUGACGAAAUCUUGCAGAUCUCCCCACCAUAUACUCAAGACGCAAAAGAUGAGAGCUUAUUGCCUGUAAAGAAAGAAGAUGUAAGCGGACAUAGGAAAGCUUCGGACUUUGAUUUCGAGUCUAGCACCAAUAAUGAGCAUACAAUUUUACCCAAGGUAGAAGUGAUGCCUACGAAUUUCUUAAAAGAUUGGGGAGCAGACUCAAAAGAAGGCUUUUCAAUGCAGGCACCAAAUAUUCCUCAUACUAAAUAA